AUGACAGAAAAGGCUAUCAUAAUAAACAAAUAGGUUAAUUUUAAGUAAAAAAAGUAUAAGUUUGCUUAUUGCUUAAAAUAGGGGCAUUUAUAAAGUAUUAAAAAGUAUGUUUGCCUAGAGGAACAGUGCUCAAAAAUUAAAUCAAUAUGUGAAUAUUGCUUUAAAAAGGACAACUAACACAAUGCUCAUUAGAUUAUUCCUUAGGAAUUAUUGCUUAAUAUUGCCCAACAAAAAUUAAUAAGUUCAAAGAUCCCUUAGCAGUUAGAAAUGAUAGAUUAUAAAAUAGAGAAACUAUAAGCGAAUUAAAAAUCCACACUUUUGGUUGAUGCACUUAAAGAGUUGAAAGAAUUACUUCAUAAAGUGAUGAAAUUCGAUUUGAUCUAGGAAUAUAGCGUAUUUCAAACUAAUUCCAUAUUGGAGCUUGCUUAUAAAAUGAUUGCUUUCAAUAAAAAUUUUGUUAUGAUAAAAGAACCCCUAUCCCUUAAUAUCAUGGAAUUUGAAAUUCAGGUUGAGAGUAUUUCAAGUAUUUUUGACAUGAUAGCAGUUAAGACUAAAAGGUUAAAUGAAGUUGAAGACGCUUAGAGUUAGCUUUUAAAGUUUUAAAAUCCUUAAAGUAUUAAAAAAAAGAAUCAAACAGAUCCUUAUGAAGUAACUCACUACAGCUAAUAUGAUACUCCAAGAAAGAGUUAUACAUAAGUUAGGCACAGUGAGAGCAUAAUUAGCGUAGAAUCUAAUAAUAAAAGUGAUAAUCAAACAUAGGUGAUAAGAACCAGGUCUAUGGAUAUGGCUUUAGAUUUAAAACUAACAAAGUAGAAGAAGAAGACAAAAGACACACAAAUAUUAAAUUCUCCACAGAGUAUUUCGUAUGCUUAGAAGGAAAAAGGUGAUAGAGAAAAAUAAUAAAUAGAGUCAGAACAGAGUGAAGAUAUUCCUUCUUUGAGUUGUAAUCAUAAAAAAAGCUCAUUAUAAGAAUUAAUUAAUGAUUAUAACAAUUUUGAGGUAGUUGUAGAUCCUAGUAAGAUGUUAGUAUAAAGAGCUCAUGAAGGGAUCAUCUAUAACUUUUUAGAUCUAGGAGAGGGUUCAGGAAAUUCUCUUUCCUAAGUGGUCACUCUAGGCGAAGAUGGAUUGAUGAAAUUUUGGAAUCCAGUUGAUCUAAAAUGCUUGCAUACAAUUAAUUUUAAAAUAAAUGACCUUCAUUUUUCUUAGAUCAGAGAUAUUUAAUACUUAAAAAGAAUUAAGUGUAUUGCAGUUGUUUGUAAAAAUUACAUAGGAAUUAUUAAUAUAAAAAAUUAUAAAGUAAUCAAAAAAAUAUAUGUAGAAUCCAAUAACUUAGAUUCUUGUGAUUAAUUAGGGCAACUAUUCUUAGUCAACCCUUCACAAUAAUGUAUAAUGAUAUAUGACAUGUUCACUUUUGACUAAAUUGGUUAACUCUAGGGUAUAUAAGAAGACAUAACAUCUCUCGCUUAUGCUCAAAAAGGAGGAAAGUACUAUUACUUUACAGGAACUAAAAAUGGAAAUUUGAGCAAGUUUGAUUUAAGUAAGCGCGAGCACCUUUUCACCAAGAAAGUAAAUAGGAUUACAAUAUUUUAUUUAUCUACAGUCAGAUAUUAAGGUGGAGACGAAUGUAUAGUAACAUACAGCUGUAACGAAUAUGUUAAUGCUUCUUAUGUUAAGUUUGUAGAUGUUGAAACACUAGAUAUAAUAGUAAAUUUAAAUUUUACUGCUAUAGAUUCAGCAAUAUGCUAUAAUAAUGAAAUAUAUUUAAUGUAAUCUAAUUAAAACAUCGUACAAAUCUUAGUUGAAUAUAACAAAUAUACUAUUAAAAGAAUGACAAAAAUACCCUCAUCAUUUUCUAGAGGGUCUGAUGUCUUUAAUGAAGGUUUGAGGUGGGUUAAAAGCUAAAGAAUAGCGCUUUUAAGUUAGUUUAGUCGUACUUAACAUUAUUCUAAUUUAGUAGCUUUUCCCAUUAUUUGA